UUUGUGCGCCACACAGAUGCGAACCAGCGCCGGGACAACCAGGACGGACAGGACGGACAGGACCGUCCCGCUGCUGCUGAUCCUCUCCCUCACACUCACUUCUACUUCUACAACUCCCGGCUCGCACUUGGGUCCCUCGUUUACGUCCAAGUUGAGCGGAAUACAGCCUGGAACUUCGCCCCGGGACUCGGACCAGCAGAGAGAGGCUGAUUCAUUCUCAAGAUGAAUCCUGGGCCCAAGGACUGGAAUGGCUUCGGAAAUUAAACAACUGGAAUUAUACUUUUUCCCAUAAAAACUCACACAACUGCCAAAGAUCUUUGGAAGGAACUCUCAUCAGCAUUUAAAAAGCCUACUUUGAUUUGUAUCUGUGGAUCGGGAUUAAGACCCUCCUGCCAUCAUGCCUAUUCUCAAGCAGCUGGUGAACAACUCCAACCAGUCCAAGCGGAGGUCUCGGGCCGACCUCACGGUGGAGAUGAUCAGCGCUCCGCUGGGCGACUUCCGCCACACCAUGCACGUCGGCCGAGGGGGCGACGCCUUUGGGGACACUUCCUUUCUGAGCACGCGAUCGGGAGAACCCCCAAGGGAACCGGACACAAAACAGGGCUCACCGGGUCCCAAACCAGGCCUGCUUUCCCGCACCUUCAGGAGCAGCAAGCGGUCUCACUCGGUAAACCGAGCGGACAAGUACGACUACAACACAACGGCGCCUUCGGCCGGCUCCUCUCAGUUUGUGAAAAACGCCAUAUCCAUGCCUUAUCUAAACGACGAGAGUUCUGAUCGAGGCUGCCAACUCCCGAAGAGCGUCUCCUCCAGCCCCAUGAAGACGCUGGCGGAGACCGGCGGCCGGCCGUUAAACGGAGCAGCCGCAAUGGCCACUCUGGAUGUGGAGUUUGACGAACGGAACUUUGGCGAACUCACAGAUUUGCCUCCAUCCAUGCCUAAAGGAGGCGGGAUGAAGCACGCAGAGUCCAUAAUGUCCUUCCACAUUGACUUGGGGCCCUCCAUGCUCGGGGACAUUCUGAGCGUGAUGGAAAAGAAAGGCUGGGAGGAGGACGACCUCGGCUUCGAGGAAGGCAAGAGCAGCGAGGGCCACGCCUCCCCCUCGCACAUUCCCCACAUCGACGACGACGAUGCCGAGGAACGGGCUCCGGCUAGGCCGCCUCGCACCAUGUACCAGCACCAGGCCCUGGUGGACCCCUACACCCCGGAGCUCCGCUCCAGGAACAACCACCACAACACGGACAGCUGCUCCGUGUCCAGCUCGGGCUCGGAUAAACCCCAGUACCACCUGCACGACGGAGACACGGACAGUGCCAAGUACAGCUCACCGCGCGGGGAAGAAGACAGAGAUUUCACCUUCAUGGAUGACGAUGACGAUGAGAUCAGAGUGUAGACGGAGCAGAGAACACAAACAGUCUUACGGGGGAAAUAAAAGAAAACCAGAUCUUGGGGCAAAUGCCAAUCUGGAGAAUCAGGAGAGCGGGUUGCAGUCAGGGCCACGGGAGGUGUCCACUUAUUAUAGAUAAGUUUAAUACUAGAACUCUUUGAUCCACAUCAUGAAUAAACUCUUUCAAACCUUUAUCACUGUGCUGUAGAAAGGAGUCGUGAGCUCUGAACGAGACUAGCUCUAAAGUAGCUUGCUUGAAAUGUUUGGGUUGGUUGAUGCAAUCUUUGCAGCAUUACAACUCUGAGCACAUUAUUUUUUGGUUAUUUCACAAGUUUGGAAUAAUAUUGACUUCCACGAUGAAACUCUUUCCAGAAGAAGAAGAAGAAGAAGUCAGCACUUGUUUUUAAGAAGAAGUGAAAGGUGACCGUGAGGUUGGAUCAUGUGAAGUGUUGUCAGGUUCUGAGGAAUGUUGGGAAAUGGAACUUGGGACUAAACCCAAGUGGUGGGGAAUGAUUGUGGAGCCGGUGGCACUGUUUUCUGCAUAGACACUAAACAGAUUUAUGUUUUUGAAUCCAUGUCUGAGUUGAAGGGUGAUUUAUGCUAAUUUUACAUUAUUGUAUGUACAUACAGUAUCCGGACGUUGGUCUGUAGUCACCUAUUAUAUCUGAGUUGGGUAUUUCAUUAUUUUUGCCACUCUUUCGAGAAGAUCUGUAUGCUUAAAAUUCACAUUCAGCUAUGGUAUUUAUUGAUUUGUUGUCAAAAGGGACAGUUUUAAUGUGAACUGUGAGGUCUUAAAAGAUUAGAUUGGGAUAUAUUCUGAUAUGUCAUCUCAAAAACUGAUUUAACGGUACUACAGAGAAAUUCCUCUUCUCUGCAGAGAAGUUCGGCACAUAAGUUCUCAGUUUAGGAAGACAUUAAAAUUGUGUAAUUUGCAUCACUCCUGCUGAAAACUGUGAAUUAUGGAGGUCUUUGUAUGCAUUUCCUGCCUUGUGUGUUUUCUUUCAAACAUGACAAAAGUUUUGUCUGAGACCAGAAAUGUGUUCUGAACCUGUCCUUCCUCAUUAUUUGAUGUUAGCAAGUGGUGGACGGAUGUUUUGAAGGGGGUCGCAACGGUUAAAACGAUUUUCACUGCCAGGAUACAGUGAGAUGAGGCAAAGCGUGCCCAGGCUGGUGUUGAAGGACAGGGAAAGGAUGCAGAAACAUGUGCAAGUGUUAUUAGAGCACAGCUGCUUAGUAGAGUACUGAGAACGAGGUGCAUAUUCACCUCCUCCGUGCACCUGAGAUCAGGUAGUAGUAACAGAUGAUUAAAUCAACAGAACGUGUGGCCUUUCCCAGUCUUUUCAUUAAAUGUGUUAGAUUACUGGCCCCCAGCCAGCUGGAACUGCAACAUUAACAGACUGCUGGGCUUUUUCUCUCUCUCUCUCUCUGGCUUUUAUGUGUUUAGUCUGCUUUAAACUACAAGCUUAAUCACUAGCUUACUUUUCAGUUAUAAAUUCAAGAGAGGAUGACUUGUCUUUGAUGAGAGAACCUGUUGCUACAUUUUGCCAAUGGGAGCUUUUUGAAUUCCCCCCCGUGGCUCGGAUCCAGGAUGGGUACACAGAACCGGGAUGCUGUGCCAUUUGGAAUCAAGUUUUGUCUUGUCUUGAAACAAAGACCUGGCUUCAAGAAGUUAAGCUACGUGAAGGAAAGUGCCAAGUAUGCGUUUAAAGUAACAGAGCCGGGCUGGUGUUUUUAGGGCUGAUGCAGAGACAGAGUUUUAGCAAGAAACUUUAUAAAUACCGUAUAUAUUCUAGGAGUUGUACUGAAAAGGGAAAGCGAUGGGUUCUUUUUCACACGGUUGCUCAGGUGUAACGAGUAGUCUGAUGAUACGCUUAGGUCCGUCUGUAUCUCAUGAAGCAGAGGACUCACAGUUUGCUUCACUGGCCAAAACAACGUGACACCAUUUUCCAAUCAUCUCCAAUAAGAGCAGGGUUUCCAUUAGUGGGGGGUCCACAUGAGUUUUACUGGGUCUCGUCCACCAGCUUGUCUUCAUUAUCUUGAACUACACAACGAGGAUUUUCAGGAAGCUCUACAAGCCUCAGACUUAGGUCGGAUACUUCAGCACAAACAUUCAUCAAAACACAUGGAUGUGACGGACAAACAGAUCUUUAUUGCUCAGAGGGGAGUGUUGCUUUGUUGUUGUACUGUAGUUCUGAUAAACACGUGUCGUCUCUCGUAGCGUUACGGUGAGUCACAUGGAAACAAUCACUGACCGGUUGAAAACAUAAUCAGCUUAUUAGUCGCCCACCAAGAUGCUACCGGUCCUAGUAGAAAACAGAAAUACUGCAACCAGUAUUUCUUCUUUAAUGUUCAUCUCAUCUUUUUAGUUUGUCUUCUACUUUUAUUAGUGGUGGGCGAACAACAAAAGUGGUGCGCUGCUGCCACCCAGUGGCCUGGAGAGUUAAUGUGCCCAGCCAGUGGAUCCUACCUGGUCCUGGACCAGUGGGUGCAGACGUGUCCCGUUCCACUCCCAGCCUGGUGGGUCGUACCCCGGACCCCCCGCUAGUGGAAACCCGUCUCAUGUGUGUUGUUUUGGGCUGUUUUGUGUUUCCCAGGUUACUUUUUACUGAUGCAUGUGCAGCAGGAUGAUGCAUCUGAAGAGGCCACCAGCAUGUUCACCAGACUCUGAACAGAACUAUUGGGAUUGAUUGUUAACUAUUGGGAUUGAUUGUUAUGGAUUAUGUUUGUUUCUUACUUCUGUGCAGAUGUUUUUUACUUCAAGUCAAACCUCUUUCAUAUUUUAAUGUAUAUGGGCCAAAUUUCUGCCAAAUGUCUUCUCGUGAACGGUUGUGGAAGAUCUUUGGAUUGUUGGGGUACAUUUAGCUCCUCAUCUUAGUCCCUAAGAAAGUCUUUUUUUUUUAGAAAAUAAAAUAAGAAAAAGACAACCCUUUAACACUCCUGUUACUGAGGAUUUAACCGAGCGAUGGAAAUGUAAUUGGUGCCCUGAACAAUUCCAGUGAACAAUCUUCCUCGGGGGUGAGUUUGUUACUGUGAAACACGGAGGAGCGGCGGCGGCUCUGGGACGGAGCGACACAUUAGUGAUUCAGAGGUCUAGCGUAUGUGAAUCUGAAAGGUUUGGGGUUAAAAUUUGAAGUAAUUACCGAAAUAUGAAAAUGUGUCUUAAAUUGCGCUGAAAUACGUCCUCGUAAAUGUCCUGGCAUUUGUCGUGUCUCUCUCUGUGGGAAACUCCUAAGUAGGCCAAAACAAACUGUGCUAAAGAAUUUGAAAGCACUGCCUGCCCAAGGUCUGCUUAAAAGUUUUCCAUUCCCUGACAGCAAAUGCUGGGUGAGUUGCAAAGAGAAGAUAAGGACUGCGAAGAAAUGACUGGCUCAGUGUUCGGCUGUAGAAUGCUUUCUCCCUUUCUUUCUUUUUUUUUCUAUUCAGUGGCUGUAGUGUUAUGCCAAGUAUGUACCGUUUUCUCUUCCAUUUUCUUGUUUUACAGUAUAUUAAUAUAUUUACCGCCUUCACUUUCCUUUCUUUUGAAAUAACUGCUAUAUUUUUCAAUAAAAGACAAAGCUGGUAAUCUGUAA